UACAAAUACUACUGUACGACACAAAAUCAAACAAAAUGUCUAUCUCCUCGCAAGGUAAGAAAGGAGGGGGAAAUGUUGCAGACAGAACGUCGUUUGUUGGUGCAAGAAUUCCUAGAGAAGUGAAGUUAAUGGUAAAAUAUUUGAAGAAAUGUGAUAAAGAAACGUUUAGGAAGUUGUUGAAGACUGCUGUGUCAUCAUUUGAAGGAGCAUCGAUAGAAGAAGAUGUCUUUGACUCGCUUGCCACAAAAAUACCAUUGGAGAUUAUUCACUCCAUUUAUGCAGGAAUAUACACAAUUCUUAAGUGCGCACUCCGACUUACUCAUACUUCUUUAAAAUCUGAGGUUUUCAAAGAAGACUUGACAGAGUUAAAGCUUCCACAGGAGUACAUUACAGACCUAGCCAGUGCAGUGUAUGGUUCCAAACGGACGUCAUUGGAUGAGGCAUUGGUGAAAAAUGGGAGUCAUCUUCCCAACCUGAACAAAUUAAAGUGGAGAACAGAUGUAACAAUAUCCAGCAGUAAUUUGAACCGAGUACUUGAGCCAACUAUACUGAUGGAGAUGAGUCUAAGUGAUGGUUCUGUCAAGGAAUUUGAAGUUCCUGUUUCUAAGUUCCAUGAAUUAAGGUACAAUGUGUCAUACCUUCUCAAAGAAAUGGAAGAGAUGGAAAAAAGAAGUAUUCUAAAGAUUCAAGACUAACUCCACCAAUCAGAGAAGACUAAAGACACCAGGAUGUUUCUCCAAAAAUAUAACUAAUCAUAUUUUACUAAUCUGGUAGGCAUGACAUUCCAACAGUUAAUCAAAUUUGUAUCAGAGCCAAUUAAAACAUACAGAUAUCAGGAUGUUUAAUUCCAACUGGUUUAGAAAUUCAAAAUAAAAAAAUCUGUUAGAUAAUCUAUAUGCUAUAUAAAUGUAAAUUAUUUUUUAAAUUCAUAAAUAAAAAGAAGUUGAUUUUAAACAUGCAAAAAAGAUAAUAUUAUGAAUUGCUCCAUUCUGGAGUUUUAUACAUACCCUGUCCGGAUUAUCAAAUGUUCUUUGCCCAUAUAUGGUCAUGAUGUGAUGUCAUCAUGACCAUAUUUAGGCAUGUCACAUGCUUUUUUUUUGAAUAAAAUUUGAUAGUCUGGAGUGGGCUUUUAAAGCACUAUCCACACUCAAAUUUUCUUUGACAGAAGCAGUUGUAUGCCCAUAUAUAGUCAUGCUAUGCCUAUAUACGGUCAUGGUUUGAUGUCAUCAUGACCAUAUUUAGGCAUGUCACAUGUUUUUGUCAAAUAAAAUUUGAUAGUGUGGACAGGGCUUUUGAACUUAGCAAUGAGGGCCAGGACCAUGUACAUGCCUCAUAAACACACAUGCAAUCAGCAGGACUUAAUAGAAAAGAAUACUUGGAUUAUUAAUAUACAUGAUUAACACUCAUAAACACUCUUUUAAUUAAUAUAAAAUUAAAUAUCAUAUGUCUAUUGUGUAGUUGUAAAAGGUCUGUAUCAGAAAAAAAAUCAUAUUUGAUAUCCCAAAAUUUUGCUUGCUCUAUAUUGGUUGUAUAUAAGAUUAUAUUAUAUAACUCUAGUUUUUACAUAUUAAAAUUAUAUAUAAUCAUGUGGCACACAUUUAAGAUUUAUCUAUUAGGCCUGUGUGGGGUGUUUUUAACAGUGGUGCAUUUUUUUGUGGGGAGUUAAUUCAUUGUGAACUUUUUACAAUUUUAAUAAAUCAAUAAAUUGAUUUGUAGAUGUGUCAUGCAAUAAAAAUCCCCAUCAAUGUAUGCAGAUCAUCAAAAACUUUUUAUUUUAAUCUGUUGAGAUCAUUUUUUUUUAGCACCACUAGAUUAUUUGGCAGACAGAACAUCUAUAAAGUGUUGUUAAUCAAAGUUACAAUACAAUGCAAUACCUUUUUUGUUUGUGUUUGUUGGUAUGUUGAUGUUAUGUGAUGCUUUUUAUAUGUAGUGUCUAUACCUACUCCAAUUUUUGAGGUACUUUGAAAUACAUUAAAAUAAUCUAUUCAAUAAUGUAUUGCAUUGUAUCUUAGUUGUUCAUUAUUGAAUAAAGCUGACUUAUGACAAA